GUAGCAAGACCAGUAGACUGCCAUGGAACUCCAUCGUUCUCAGAGGAAAUCUUCCACCGCCACCACUUCCUCGACCACUCUUCCACUCUAUCGCUCAGCUCCUCCUCUCGAAGUCAGGCUUGAAGAAUUCGAACUUUAUGCCAUAGAUCGUCUUCGAGUUCUUAAAGGAAUUUCUGAUGGUUUAUCUCGAGGAAAAAAAUCUGAAGAAAUGGAGAAACUGGUAAGAGACUUGUUGAAGGCCCAUAUGAAACAUCCACAGGCAUCCGAGGCUGUGAACAAGGAUAUAAUAUCUCACUUUGUUCUGCGCCUCGUAUACUGCAGAACGGAGGACUUGAGAAAAUGGUUUCUUUCUAUGGAAACUAUGCUAUUUCGACACCGUUUUCUUUCUGAAAGUCCUGAAUCUCAGAAGCAGGUCUUUUCGGAGCUUGGCCUCUCAUACAAAGCAAUCAGUUAUGCAGAGUUUGAGGCUGUGAAGGACAAAUUGGUCCAAGUUGCUCGGUUGAUUGGUCAGCCUGUACCAAGCGCUGAUGCAAUAUACUAUAAGGUACCAUGGGAAGAAGUUCCAGAACUGGUGGCUGGUCGAAGGGUAUUACUUCAUAAAGGAUAUGCAUAUAUUGCUAUUUAUCAGGUGGUUUCCCUUGUUGCAACACAAUUCCGCAGUUACCUAUCAAAGGCCUUAAGUCUGACAAACAGGAAAUGGACAUCUACAAUAAGAGAACAAGAGAAGGAUCGGUUGACCCCUAUCGUUGAAGCCCUUUGCACAAGCUACCUGGGUCCUGACUACUCACAGCCAACAGAGUAUGCUGAUAUAUCAAUCAAAGACCUUGAACAAAUUGCUAAAAGUUCAUUUCCUCUUUGCAUGCGGCACCUAUUUGAUAAGCUGAAAGAAGAUCAUCAUUUGAAGCAUGGAGGGAGAAUGCAAUUAGGUCUCUUUCUCAAGGGUGUUGGUUUGAAGCUUGAUGAUGCCCUUGCUUUCUGGAGAGCUGAGUUCUCGCAGAGAGUUGGUGUUGAGAGGUUUGACAAAGAAUAUGCAUACAGUAUCAGGCAUAACUAUGGAAAAGAAGGCAAGAGAGUGGAUUAUUCACCUUAUUCCUGUCAAAAAGUCAUCUCAUCAUCACCUGGUGUUGGAGAUCAUCAUGGAUGUCCCUAUAGACAUUUCAGUGAAGACAACUUAAGAGCAGCUCUUGGUAAAAUGGGAGUAAAUAACCAGAAAAUGGAAGAUAUAUUGGACAAAGUGCGAAAUAGACAUUAUCAGUUGGCAUGCACCUUGACGUUUGAAUCGGUUCAUGGUUCAUCGUGCGACGCUGGGAUUAAUCAUCCAAACCAGUACUUCAUUGAUAGUCAAAAAGUUCUGCAAUCUAAGAACAAUUCAACAGCUUAGUAAAAACAGGUACAAGCACACCUCAAGAAGUAGGAUCGAGCACUGGGAAAACGCUCUUGCAAGGCGAGUGGGUUCAAACCAGGUGCUUUCUCUCGAUCGAGAGCUUUAACCGUAAAAUUGUAUCCGUUUAGCAAUGUAAAUUAUACAUAUAAAGUUCUCAACUGGUCUCUAGAGGCUCUUUUCCAGCUGUUGCAGCUGGGCGACUUUGGCUGUUUUAUUCUUAAAUAUUUUAUUUUCUUUGGAGCCUUCUACUUUAGUUGGUCGUUUGGUUCACAA